AUGACUACCUACCAGGAUCAGGACUUUGACGCUGAACGCUACAACGCCGCAAGACCGACGUACCCGGACACCUUCUACGACCACUUGGUCGAACACCACAAGUCCCAUGGAGGCUCUUUGGAUCUAGCCUUGGACGUUGGCUGUGGACCAGGUUUCGUGGCUUUCAAGCUCCUCAAUUACUUCAAACAAGUGAUUGGUACCGAUUUCUCACCAGCCAUGAUUGGUCAUUGCACCAAGGACCCCAGGGUGGAGUUCUCCGAUAAGAUCCGGUUCUAUGCUACUCCAGCAGAACAGGCACCAGAGGAAAUACAGCCCCACACGGUCGAUUUGAUCACAGCAGCCGAAGCCUGCCAUUGGUUCGACCAUCCUAAAUUCUUUGCCGAAAGUGCCAGAAUCUUGAAAUCUGGAGGUACUCUCGCAUACUGGUUCUACUUUGAUCCCGUCUUCGUGGGCAACCAGAAGGCCACUGAUCUUGUAGUUGAGUGGCUGUACGACUCGUCCAAGAAGAAGUACGGAGACUCGUACGAACGGUUCUUUGGCCCCUACUUUGAUCAGCCAGGCCACGACAUUUUCAGAACCACCUUAUCGCAUAUAAGUCCGCCCGAGUCGGAGUUCAAGGACAUUGUGAGACAUUACUACCACCCUCACGAGAACGAGGGAGGCGCCAGCUUUACCCCAUUGUACAUUGAAAGAAACGUCUCUCUUGAAACCUUCAGAUCCCAAGCAAAAAGCUGGUCUGGCUACCACAACUGGAAGCACGACAAUCCAGAUAAGCCAGAUGCAGCGGACGAGUUGAUUGACAAAUUGGCAGAGGCACUUGGCGUGGGUUUGGAUGAACCAUUGCAUGUGGUGUAUCCCACGGUCUUCACGUUUGCCACGAAGAAGUAG